CUCUCUUUGCUCCUUUCUUGCUCUUAUUCUUUUGCAAGGCCCCAAUGACGUGGCAGGUUAUUAGUGGUGUACGUGACGACCGCUGACGUGGCAAACAAAACACACGAUAAGAGCUCUGUAUGUUCCCGUCUUCCUCAACUACUUCACCGGAAUCCAACUAACGACCGCCGGCGAACAUCUCCGACCUCAAAUAUAAAGAAAUAAACUCAAUAAAGGAGAUGAGAAAUCGAAGAAUCCGAAGGUUAAGCUUUGCUCUCCUACUUCUCGCACUUCUCCCAAUUUCUACACUCGGACGUCAAUUAGUGCUCGUCCUCUCUCAAGACGACCUCGCAGAAGCAUCCGCUGAUACUACAAAUCUCGGCGAUGACACGUCAGAUACUGGAUUCGACGAUUUCAUUGACUCCGAAGCAAAGCCCGAUUACGUGCUUGAUCCGGGCUCAUGGAGCCCGAUUUUCGAGCCCGCUAUUGCGCCUCACGAUCACCUUGGAGAUGAAGCCUCCUAUUAUACAACGGUCAGUAAGAUAGUUAAGGCGUCAAGCAGAGGCGAUGAAAGGGCGAUGGAGGAGGCGGCGUCUGAGAUCGAAGCGGCUGCAUCAGCUGGCCACCCCCACGCGCAGUCGAUUUUAGGGUUUUUGUACGGAAUGGGAAUUGGAAGAGAGAGGAAUAAAGCUAAGUCUUUUCUAUACCACCAUUUUGCUGCUGAAGGCGGCAAUAUGCAAUCCAAAAUGGCACUUGCUUACACUUAUUCUCGCCAAGAAAUGCACGAUAAAGCUGUAAAGUUGUAUGCUGAAUUGGCAGAGGUAGCCAUUAACAGUUUCCUGAUAUCGAAGGACUCACCUGUGAUUGAACCGGUGAGGAUACACAGUGGAGCAGAAGAAAAUAAGGAAGCCUUGAGGAAGUCACGAGGGGAGGAAGAUGAGGACUUCCAGAUUUUGGAAUACCAGGCGCAAAAAGGGAACGCUGGUGCAAUGUACAAAAUUGGGAUAUUCUACUACUUUGGUUUAAGGGGAGUAAGGCGCGAUCACACCAAGGCAUUAUCGUGGUUUCUGAAGGCAGUGGAGAAGGGUGAGGCGAGAUCUAUGGAACUUCUUGGGGAGAUAUAUGCAAGAGGAGCUGGAAUUCAAAGAAACUUUACCAAGGCAUUAGAGUGGCUUACUCUUGCAUCCAAGCAACAACUUUUUUCUGCUUACAAUGGUUUAGGCUAUCUCUAUGUCAAAGGAUACGGAGUGGAAAAGAACAACACUAAGGCAAAAGAGUAUUUCGAGAAGGCUGCAGAAAAUGGAGAGGCUGGUGGAUUCUACAACCUCGGAGUCAUGUAUCUUAAAGGAAUUGGGGUGAAGAGGGAUGUGAAAUUAGCAUCCAAAUAUCUUUCAGCGGCUUUUGAUGCCGGUCAACCAAAAGCAUUUUAUCAACUGGCGAAAAUGUUCCAAACUGGUGUGGGUUAUAAGAAAAAUGUUCCUCUGGCAACUGCCUUGUACAAACUAGUUGCGGAACGUGGACCAUGGAGUUCUUUGUCUAGAUGGGCACUAGAGUCAUAUUUGAGAGGAGAUGUGGGCAAGGCUUUCCUUUUGUAUUCGCGAAUGGCAGAGUUAGGCUAUGAGAUUGCGCAAAGUAAUGCUGCAUGGAUCCUUGACAAAUAUGGAGAACGAAGCAUGUGUUUGGGAGAAUCUGGGGUUUGCAGUGAUGAAGAGAGGCAUCAACGCGCGCAUGCCUUGUGGUGGCAAGCUUCUGAGCAGGGUAAUGAACAUGCUGCAUUGCUUAUUGGAGACGCAUAUUACUAUGGUCGGGGUACUGAGCGGGACUAUGAACGUGCAGCUGAGGCAUAUAUGCACGCCAAAUCCCAAUCUAAUGCUCAAGCUAUGUUCAAUCUUGGUUACAUGCAUGAGCAUGGCCAAGGACUACCUUUUGAUCUUCAUCUUGCCAAACGCUACUACGACCAGGCACUAGAAAUUGAUAAUGCUGCAAAAUUGCCUGUAACAUUGGCCCUUGCAAGCUUGUGGAUUAGGAAAAACCACGCCAAUAGUUUUUUGGUUCACAUAAUUGAUUCGUUACCAGAAUUUUAUCCCAAAGUGGAAGCAUGGGUGGAGGAUGUCAUAAUGGAGGAAGGAAAUGCAACAAUUCUUACCCUAUUUGUAUGCCUUCUAACAGUGCUUUACCUUCGUGAGCGGCAGCGCAGGCAUGUCGCUGCUGCUGGAGAGGUUGCUUUCCCUCAUCAACUUGGUGAGCAAGGUGUGCCUGUAGCCAAUUAAGCUGUUUCCAGAUAGACUCCAUUCUCGGGUUUUUUCUCCACAUGGAAGAGUUAGAUUAUUUGGCAGAAAGAUGUGUAGAAUUUUUUUCUCGCUUUGGUCAUAGAGAGCUGCCCUUUGUUUUUGGCAAUGUUAUAUAUUUGUUACACACACAUGACUAAUAGGAUAUAGUGGAAGAUUGUCACGACUUGAUUUUGCUUUUGUUCAUUUGUAGUAUAUAUUUCAAUACAAGUCUUCGCAGCUUAUUUGAUAGAGGUUCUAACAUUAAGUGCAAUAAAAAAAUUGACUUCUCCGUU